UUAAACAUUUUUCAUCGCUCUGUACAUUUUCUCUGACCCUCGCGCCCUAACGACUAGCUUGUAUGGCUGCCUCCCUCAUAAGUCAUUAACUUCUCAGUUUAGCAAGGACUGCGAAUUCCGGCCUUCCUCUGAUUAACGCCAAGGCGACCCCUCAAUUCUGUUCUUAACGAUGAAGUGCCCAUACUGUUCAGGGACGCAGGGGCGUUGCGCCACCACGAGCAGCGGCCGCUCAGUCACAGAGUGUGCAUCGUGCGGUCGCGUCGUGGAGGAGCGCCAAUCGCAGCCGCACCACGUCUUUCAUCUCCGUGCUCAGGACAACCCUCUGUGCCUCGUCACUUCCGAUCUCCCAACCAUCCGUCAAUCACAAGCCCAAGACGAUGAGGACCCGUUUGAGCCCACGGGCUUUAUCACAGCCUUCUCCACCUGGUCACUCGAGCCCAGUCCGCUCUCGCUCCGCUCCUGCCUCUCUUUUUCCGGUCACCUUGCCGAACUCGAGCGCACCCUGGAAUUAGCAUCCUCUUCAUCGUCUUCCAAUUCCUCUUCAUCGUCGGUUGUUGUUGACAAUUUGAGAGCUUAUAUGCAGAUUAUCGAUGUAGCUUCGAUUUUGAGGCUUGAUUAUGAUAUAUCGGACCACGCUUUUCAGUUGUUCAGAGAUUGUUGCUCGGCUACUUGCUUGAGGAACCGGAGCGUCGAAGCUCUGGCGACAGCUGCUCUUGUUCAGGCCAUAAGAGAGGCUCAAGAGCCCAGAACCCUUCAGGAAAUCUCUAUUGCAGCCAAUGUACCUCAGAAGGAGAUAGGAAAGUACAUAAAGAUUUUAGGAGAAGCUCUACAAUUAAGUCAACCCCUUAACAGCAACUCUAUAUCAGUCCAUAUGCCACGAUUUUGCACACUUCUUCAACUCAACAAAACUGCUCAGGAACUGGCUACCCACAUUGGAGAAGUUGUAAUCAACAAAUGCUUCUGCACUCGCAGGAAUCCGAUCAGCAUCUCUGCAGCUGCUAUAUAUCUGGCUUGCCAAUUAGAAGAUAAACGCAAGACACAGGCAGAGAUUUGUAAGGUAACUGGUCUUACCGAGGUCACUCUCCGAAAAGUAUACAAGGAACUCCUGGAGAAUUGGGACGAUCUGCUCCCAUCUAAUUAUACUCCAGCUGUUCCUCCAGAGAAAGCAUUUCCCACAACUUCUAUUGCCUCAGGCAGGCCUUCAGCGCCUAGAGUUGAUCCAAUUGAAGUACCAUCUUUUCCGGACCAUGAUAAGCUGGCAGAUAUGAAGUCAAAUAAACCAAGUGAGGUCUUGGAAAUUUUUCGCCAGUCCAGAGGCAAAGAGGAUGCUGAAAGUAAUGGAACUUCUCAUGUUGCGGGCCAAGUUCCAACACUGAAUCGGUUGGAGACUUUCAGGCAACCUUGGCUUCAGUUUGGGACUUCAGGGGAGAAAAACCAAAAUGUCAUGAGAGGAGACAUCACCGAGAUGCAGCCAAAUUGUCAGCAAUUUGGUCAGAAGAUCGAGAAAGACAAAACAGAGGCAGCUAAACUAAGCCAGUUUUCUGGUAUCCCCACUUCAGGUGUAAGUUCUAUCAAUUGGUCAUUCCGUCCUUCACCUUCAUCAGGGCCUUCUUCUAGUGUUCAAUUUGUGCCACCACCUCCUAAACUAGCCCCUGGUCAUUCUGAGCUUAAAGGAGUCGGAGGUCAAAAUGUCAGUAAAGGUUAUAACUAGCCUAGUGAAGUCUUGUGGAACCGGUGAAACUAAAAGAAUACGCAACUUUUCUCCAAUUGUUUUACUGUUCUGUGUUGAAACUUGACAGAGAAGUUUAAAGCCUUGAUGAGGAGUGUAUCCAACACUAGGUGACAGAAAGGUUUCAUAAGUCUAUGGUCGAUAGAGAAACCGAGCUCAAAUUUACGAUGAAAAUGAAGUUACACUCUCUAAUCUCUUGUACUUUGGGGAACUAGAGAGAUUAAACUUGAAUAUCCUACUGUCUCAUAGACUUUUGCUUGGAAUUAUUAAAAACUGCAGGAAGUUAGAUCUCCUCAAUUCGGCUUUAUUUAUAUCUUCAUGUUUAUAUAAAUUUAAGACUCCUGAUUAUAACUGUCGCAAGACUAUUCCUUUUCUGCAGGAUAAACUUACUUAUAGAAGAAUAUGAAUUGAUUUUGGUGCC